CUUAUGCAGCUUGACAAUUACAGGAAAAAUAUAAAAUCAGUGAGAACAUUUUGAUAAAACUCAGGCACAUGUUAACUAAGAUUUCUCGAGAAACUUUUUCUAAAUUGUUCACAAAACUCUUAAAAAAACGUUCUGAGAAAAAAAAUUUAAAAAGUCAAGAGCGUGCGCUCAUCUCUGGCAAACUAAACCGAGCUGAGGAACCGAAGGUGUGUCAUCAGAGGCGGGGGAAAAGCAACAACUACAUCAGCAACAACUACAGUAUCAGCCCCAACAACAACAACAACAGCAGCAACAACCACAACGAGUACAAGAACAGCAGUGGGAAGCGCGUUAAGGCCGCGGCCAGAUUAACUUGACUCUUCUGAAUUAAUUUUUAUCAACUCGCCCCUUAUUUCGAAGCACACGUUUGUCGGUCGCUGUACAUCAUUUUCAUCGUAAAUAGUGAAGGUGUACACCACUUUAAAGCGCCCACGAAGGGGUACGGGAACACGUACGUUUUCCAGACGCAAGUUCAUCACGAAAGGUUUUAAAAUCACUGUGGUCUGAAAUAAAACCAAACUCAAGAAAGACAAUCUUGCCCAAGGACUAUGCAUACCUACAUUCCUCGUUAUGAUGCACUUUUCCUGUAUCUCCUCGCGGUUCACCACGUUUUUAAACCAAUAUUGAUAGUAGUAUUGCGACUCACUGAAUAAUACACUGCAAAGGUCAGGUGUCAUCAUACUAUAAAGGGUCGGAUCCCAGCUGCCCCGGUUGUAUUGCAUUACUUGGAACCUUGCCUGAAAUGUGUUCAAUACGUUACUAUUCUUCGAGGAUCUUAAUUUCCAGCAAGUCUACGGUAAUGCGGUCAGUGCGUGAAUAAUUCAAUGUAGCGGUGAAAUUUCCUGAAACAUGAACGCCAUCUUCUUCCGGCUCGAACACCAAGUUAUCCAUGUCGAAGACACCGCGGAUACCGAUCGAACCGGGAGGCUUAACCUCACACUCCGUAAAGAUGUCCGAAUCCUCCAGAACAAAGUUGUAUUUUGAGGCCCAAGUGCAGGACCUUCCGGCGAACAGAAUUAGUACUGCGAUAGCGAACAUUUUCACUUGUAAACAGAUCCGAGAAUCGACCCUUUAUAUCCCAAUGGGCGACGUUUUUAUAUGAUCGCUAAUAAUAGGUUAACCGAAAUGGAACACAACAAGUGUUAAAGAUCUUUAGUUCCUCCACAUUUAUAAUUAUAAUGUGCUCAGCAUUUUGAAAAUAA